UCAGUUCGGCUGUCCCCACUGUCAACUGUAAUAUACUGCGUUUUUUUUAAGUUUGUAAUUGGAUUUUAUAAUUAUAGAGUAGCUAUUUAACUCGUUUUAUUGGAAAUAUGUAACGUAAAGGUUGUGAUUUAAGAAGCGAAGAACAAAAGGCUCGAGUUAAGAAGUACAAUGACAGUCGAAGAAAAGGAAUGAAAUCUUUCGGACUAGUUGCUAGUGGUGCGAAUAACUCAGGAGACGGUUCUAAACAGAACAGUUCUGAACUUGUUGUAGCUCGAAGUAGGAAUAAGCAAAAGAGAGAUGAAAGUUGUUCUUGGUGCCCAGAUAUCCAUGAUCAACCAGCUGAUUCAUUUGAUGUUGAACCAGAUUUCAACCAAACUGUACCCCAAUUCCUGCAAAGUGCUCUUGAAAGUUUUUCUCUCUUAGAACAAAAGACUGGACUAAUUGCUGUGGCUAAAAGUAGGAAGCGUAAAAGAAAUGUUUUCAGAGACCCGUGGUCAACCUGUGGAUUUGUUUUAUGUUUUACACGAUGCUUGGUUCACAAUGGCAAGAAUCAAGUUGAAAUGUUUGAAGGCUUUCUGGAGAAAAAAAAUUGGUUAUGAAUUUAUUAUACUUUAAUUUGAUAUUGUAAACUAAAUGUGACAAAAUUGUAAGUUUAAUAUCUUGAAAACUGUCUUAAGAAAAGUUGUUUGAAAUAGUUCUUUUAAUUGAAUGAAACAAGUUUAUAGUAGCUUUAGACUAUGAUAUUACAUUUUUUUAUCCAUUU